AUGAAUAAUAAUGUUUCUCAGAGCACUGUUGCCGUUCCGGCUCCUAAUGUUUGUCCUGUGCAAGAGAAGACUCGCAAGUAUCGGAAUAUUACACGAGCAAAGAUUUAUUCUUUCUUAGUACGCAAGAUAACAUCUGCAGCAGGGACUAAUGCAGUCACGGACCACCAAAAGACUUUGGCUGUUACGUUAGAGAAUUUGAUCUUUAAGGACGCCAAAACAUGGAAGGACUACACCAAUCCUAAUACUCUUGAAGCCCGCAUUUAUAAACAUUUGGGACUCAAUUUUAGACCUGCUGCCGCUACUACUAGUACUACUCCAUGUAGUUCUGUUGCCAUGAUGAUGAAUGCUACUCCAAGUCCUCAUUCUCUUGGCAUGAUGAACGGAGGUGCUCUCGGUACUUGUACCAGCACUACUUUCCAACCCGGAAGCAUGCCACCGCAAAUUAAUUGCACCAGUGGAGUUUCUGCAGGAUUUUCUAUUGGACCUGACAUGCAGAUGCAUCAAUACUCUGCGGGUGCAAGUAACUUUAAUCAGCAGAUGAUGGAUAUGUAUAGGCCUAAUGUGAACCUGUUUACUUCUGGGAUGUCUACUCCUCUCAUGACUGGCGGCGUAGGAUUUAGCAGGAACUAUGUGCCACUUCCUAAUGGACCCAUUACUUCUCAAGACCUCCUCAACGCUACGCACUUGUCAACUCUGUCUCAACCUUUUCUGCAACCUCUUGAUCAGUCACACAUGCAUGAUGGAAUAUACUCAUCAAUGAGCAACGCUGGUUCUUUCGGGCCAAGUAAUCCCUCUCUGUAUCCAUAUCCCUAUCCCUGUGGAGUUGUUACGUCAUCUGGCUCUAUGGCAGUUUCUCAGAAUUCAGUUCCGUGGAACCCCAAUCCUAUGCUUCAGGGAGUUGACGCCACCGUCACAAGUAAUCACUCAAACCUGCAAGGAAUGCAACAAACUCCAUUGCCAAAACGUCAGCUACAUCAUCCGCUGUGGAAUAAUAAUCAAGAUGAAUUGGCUCAGGCGAGUCAACAAGUCUUAAGUCAUGGGUUUCACCCGCAAGCUCGUGAUAUUGAUCCCCAAUUAGGACAACAUCCCCAAAAGAUUUACCCUGUUCAACUCCAGAAGCAAGAUCCUUUACUUGACAAGGAUGCUUAUCUGACUCAGCAAGCUAUGGGUACUUUGGCUGCUGCUCCUGUCAUUACUGGACCAAGUAAAGAGGUAAACGGGGAUUGUGGUCAAACGUAUUUGAACGAGAGGCGGUGGCUUACGUAUAUGUUACAUGUACGUAAAUGCAAGGCAAGAAAAGGUAAGUGUGUGAGCAAGUUUUGCUUCGAAGCCAAAAAGAUGUGGAAACAUAUAAGCUGCUGCAAGGUCCCUGAUUGCACAUACAGAUAUUGUCUUCCAACUCGGAAAUUGCUUCAUCACUACAAUGAGUGCGGGAAAAAAUCGUGCCCUCUCUGUGGACCUGUCAAAAGCUACUAUGAAAAGAACAAAGACACAAGUGUACCGCUCCGUAAAGCUAAGUGCUCAAAACGCCAACCCAAGAAAUCCUCAACAUCCAAGAAGCCAAAUAAAAAAAGAGUUGCUGAAGCUUCAACUGUUGAUGCUGAUCUGAAACCCUCAAUGAAGCGCCUGAAAUUACAGCGACCACCCUCCCAAAAUGCCACUCCCGAGACAGGAUGUGCUGUUGUUGUCUGUAAACCUGAUCCCUCAAUGAGUAUGCCUAUGGAUAAAGAUGCUUUGAAACCUGACAAAACUGAUCAGGUUAUGCCUAUGGACAUGGAUGUUCCUAAAACUUGUGGGAUUCCCGUUACCCGGGAGCUGGAGAAGCUUGUUUCUGAAGAUACUCCCAAGGGUAAAGAUUGUGGUGUGUUUACAAAGGAUGAAAAAACUAGUUGCUUACUGGAACAAGCAAAACCCAAAUGUAUGAAGAAUGAAGUAAUAAGCGCAUCAAAGGAACAGAAUGUGAAACAGUCUGUGGACGUUGCGAAUGCUUCCAAAAUGGAAAUCUCCUCACUCGUUGAGUUAUUCACUCCAGAGCAAGUAAAGGGGCAUAUCCGCAGUCUUCGUCAGUGGGUAGGCCAGAGUAAAACGAAGGCAGAAAAAAACAAAGCAAUGGGGUGCUCCAUGUCUGUGAAUUCUUGCCAGUUGUGUGCUGUUGAGAGGCUUGUAUUCGAGCCAAUACCUAUUUACUGCUCGCCGUGUGGUGUACGCAUCAAGAAAAAUGCCUUGCACUAUAGUGUUGCGGCUGGCGAGUCAAAGCAUUGUGUCUGUGCACCUUGCUACAAUGAAGCGCGCGAAAACUUGGUUUCUCUUGAUGGAACUUGUAUACCGAAAGCAAAGCUUGAGAAAAAGAAAAAUGAUGAACAAGUUGGAGAAGGGUGGGUUCAAUGUGACAAGUGUGAAGCAUGGCAGCAUCAAAUUUGUGCAUUGUUCAACAGCCGAAGAAAUCAUGGCGAAGCCACCAAGUACACUUGCCCUAAUUGCUAUAUACAAGAGGUGGAACGAGGCGAAAGAAGACCAUUACCACCCAGUGCCAUUCCAGGGGCAAACAAAUUACCAGUUACUGCUCUUAGCAACCAUAUAGAGGAGCGCUUAUUCAAAAAGUUGAAGGAGGAAAGACAAGAGAGGGCUAGUCUUCAAGGAAAAAGUUUCCAGGAGGUCCCUGGAGCGGAAUCACUUACUGUCAGAGUUGUGGCAUCGGUUGACAGAGUAUUAGAAGUAAAGGAACGUUUCCUUGAGAUUUUCCGAGAAGAUAAUUAUCCUUCUGAAUUCCCUUAUAAGUCCAAGGUCAUUUUGUUGUUUCAGAAGAUUGAGAAUGUAGAAGUAUGCUUAUUUGGCAUGUUCGUCCAAGAAUUUGGAACAAAAUCUGGACCUCCAAAUCAGCGGCGGGUCUACCUUUCGUAUCUGGACUCAGUUAAGUAUUUCAGACCUGAGGUUCGAACAGUGUCCGGAGAAGCCCUUCGCACGUUUGUGUACCAUGAAAUUCUGAUUGGCUACCUAGAUUAUUGUAAGAAACGUGGUUUUACAAGCUGCUAUAUCUGGGCAUGCCCUCCACUUAAGGGUGAAGAUUACAUUCUUUAUUGUCAUCCUGAAAUCCAGAAGACGCCGAAGACUGAUAAACUAAGGGAAUGGUAUUUAGCAAUGUUAAGGAAAGCUUCAAAAGAAGGUGUGGUCGUCGAAUGCACAAACCUCUACGAUCAUUUCUUUGUCCAGUCUGGCGAAUGCAGAGCUACUGUGACUGCUGCAAGGUUGCCAUAUUUUGAUGGAGACUACUGGCCAGGUGCUGCUGAGGAUUUGAUACGUCAAAUGAGCCAAGAAGAUGAUGGUACGAAUUUAAACAGAAAAGGAUCUACCAAAAAUGUCAUAUCGAAAAGAGCCCUUAGAGCUUUUGGCCAGUUGGACCUUUCUGCUAAUGCCUCAAAGGAUCGACUGAUGAUGCAAAAACUCGGUGAGACCAUUUGUCCGAUGAAGGAAGAUUUUAUAAUGGUGCAUUUGCAACAUUGCUGCAAGCAUUGUACCACUCUCAUGGUAUCUGGAAACCGGUGGGUGUGCAAUCAGUGCAAGAAUUUUCAGAUAUGUGACAAGUGUAAUGAAGUGGAACAGAACCGCAUAGAUAAAGAGAGACACCCGAUUAAUCAGAAAGAGAAACACUCGUUGUUUCCUGUGGUCAUCGAAGACGUUCCCGUAGAGAUUAAGGACAAAGAUGACAACCUCGAGAGCGAGUUCUUUGAUAAUAGACAAGCUUUCCUGAAUCUUUGCCAAGGAAACAACUAUCAGUACGACACUCUAAGGCGGGCGAAACAUUCCUCUAUGAUGAUUCUCUAUCAUCUUCAUAACCCUACUGCCCCUGCAUUUGCGACGUUUUGCUCCAACUGCCAACAAGAAAUUGAAAGCUCUCAGGGAUGGCACUGUGAAGUUUGUCCAAGCUAUGAUGUCUGCAGUGCCUGUUACUCCAAGGCCCCUACCAACCAUGAACAUAAACUGAUAAGUCGUUCAUCUUCUGCGGAUACUAGUGUUGUACAACACACGGGGAAAUCUAAUCACAGUUAUCUAGCCAAUCUGGAGAAGUUUAAAGAAGUGCUGGUACAUGCAACUGCAUGCCGCUCUAAAACACUGUGCCAGUAUCAAGGUUGUCGUAUGAUGAAGAAUCUCUUCAGACAUUGUUUGGCAUGUAAGGCUGGUUUUGCAGAUUGCCCAUAUUGUAUGAGAUUUUGGAUUACCGUCAAGAACCAUGCCCGCAGUUGUAGAGAUUCCCAGUGCACUGUCCCUAAGUGCAGGGAUUUGAGAGCGAAUUUUAGUAGGCAGCAGCAGCAGUCAGACAAAAGGCGUAGAGCUGCUGUAAUGGAGAUGAUGCGGGAAAGGGCCGCUGAAGCCACCCGCACUGGCUGACUAACAUAAUUGUGUAAAUUAAAGGAAGACUAUGAAGCCAAAGGAGGAGUUUAAAUUUUUACGUCUCUUCAGGAGCUGCUUACUAUAGGUUAUGAUUAG